AUGGAGAUGUUGCCAGAUGAGUACGUAUUUGUCAGAAUUGAAGUUGAUGUGCACGAGCUACAUAUAUCGAUGAAAAUCAUUGAUCCUGAUGGACGCGAAGUUCAUUACACAGUUGUUGAGGAAAAUCCACACAAAUUUCUUGUAAUCUACACUCCUCUUCGUGAUGGAGUUCAUCACAUAUCGCUUUCUCUACGUGAUAUAGCGCUCGGCACGACUACUGCUGUGGAAGAUGCCUCAUGUACUGUGGAGGCUCUUCCUAUUGCUCGGUUGUGCCCCUACACUGAUCGAGUACGCGUAGGCGAUGUUGUCCCGUUACGUGUGGAAGGAGCAGUUCGGGGGCCUGUGGAAGUUGUCAUAGUGGAUGCAAAAGGAAAUGAGAAUAUUCUCGCCGUUAUAGUACUGCAUGAUCCAUAUAAACACAUUCACGACCACGUACACGUUUCUGAAGACCGCAUGAUUCAGAAACAUCUUUCGCACACUCAUUAA